AUGGAUCUCCAUGGUGGUGAUUCGUUGGGAGUGGACGAGCUGGAAGUUGGCGCGAAGUCCAACGGCUCAAGGCCUUGUCCCAGUCCCAGCUUGGAACAAGCGCCUCCCACUAGAGAGGACAUUCUCAUCCACGACGAGCCUGCAGAGCCUCCCCCUGGGCCACCAAAUUCUGCGGCUAGCGGGCAUGGAAGCGCUCGAAGCGCUGCAUGCGCUGGAAGUGAGGGAAACGAAGCCGAAGCCCAGGUGGCCCAGGUCCGUUUGGAGAAGUUGCAAUCCAUCAGUUCCCAGAACGCCAUCCUUUCAGUUGACUUCGCCUUCGCAUCUCCCGAAACAGAGGAGGACGUGUCCGUUUGGAAACUGGUUACAGCUGGCCAGGAUGGGUGCGUAAAGCUUUGGGCUGUGCCUUUGCCGAAGCCUUCCCAGAAGACCUUGCGUCGUCCAAGAUGGCUUUGCACCAUGAAGCACGAGGCUGCCGUGAAUUGUGCCAGGUGGUCUCCCACUGGCAGGAUGAUUGCCUCUUGUGACGCAGAGGCACUGCGAGUUUGGGCGCCUGGAUCCUGGAAUCUACAGCAGGAUUUGAAAGCUCCAGAACCCUGGCACAGACAUUGCCUCCUGCGCGGUCAUCAGGGAGAAGUUUGUGACGUCUCUUGGCAUCCGAACUUGCAUCCAGACUUUACUCUGGCUAGCUGCUCUCACGAUGGUACCAUCCGUCUCUGGAGUGUGCCACGUGCUGAGCUAAGUGCCUUGUUGCGCCCCACGGAGAAUGGCUACAUCAAAGGGGUCGCUUUCGACCCUUUGGGGCAAUUCCUUGCGUGCAUGAGCGAUGGAAGCAGCAGUCACAGCAAACAAAUCACUGCAACGUUGUGGCAGAGCCCUGAAGAUGCAGGAGAUGCAGAUGGAAGGCCAAGACAUGGCAGGAACACACGGCAGGGAAGCGACUGGACAGCAGGCUGGCAGCAAGUGCCCAUCAACCAACAGCCAUGGGAGAAGCCUGGGCUUCUCAGUGCCACUGUGAACUUCCGACGUCCCUCCUGGGAUCCAUUAGGCCAGUCGGUUGUGUACCCAUUUGGUGAGCACAAGAAGUUUCCCCUCAGCACGUGUAGAUUCUAUGCAGCACUCUUCACACCUCCAUGGAAGACCCCAAGGCUUUAUCGUGGCCACAAGCAGCAUGUUGCCGUGGCCCGCUUUUGCCCCACAGUUUUUGGACGUUUUCCUGGGAGCAAAGAUAUUCCUCAUAAGAGCCAUGACAGCCAUGAUACUCCUGAUGUUGCUGUUGUUCUUGCUUUGGCCUGCAUGGACGGCAUGCUGUCCAUUUGGCUCUCCAAUCAUCCUGUUCCACUUCUUGUUUUGAAGGACAUUGUUGCUGAGAAUUGCUUCAUCACAGACAUUGCAUGGACCUCUGAUGGCUCGGGCUUGGCCUUUUCCUCCAGUGGUGGGCUAGUUGGGUCCGUGUCGAUCUCAUGGAACAAGAUUCUCCCGUGUGGAGCAUGGACCUUGCAGGAAAUUCUCCAGUGGCGCUGUCAACGGCAUUUGCAUGUCAUGCAACCAUCUUGGGACUUACCAAGUAGCAUCCACGCCCUACCAGAUCUCCAAACAUCACGCACUUCAAACGAGGUCCAAGGACAACCGAAGACAGGGAAGCCUCCAAAAUUGUCACAGUUCUAUGUCCAAGAUCCUGACCUGGCUGCUUUGAACGGAGCUGAAUGGGCUCCAGUGCCCAAAUUUCUCACGCAAAGUGUCACAAGGAUAAUUGAUGUGGAAAGCGCCCAGCAAAGGCAACAACUUUUCACAUCCUGGCGACCAGCAGCUAGGAUUCCCAACGCGGGUCCUGUGCCGCCAACCUUCGCAUGGUCAGUGGAGGACGACGGCAUUGUGGGCUGCAGCAUUUUCCAUCGCCGUAUUUUAAAGAUUGAGCCAAUGGUGGCCAGCACUGGGCAUCUUUGCCGUGUGUCUUCGAAGCUCGAAGGAGGUCCGUCAUGGCAGAUCUCGAUGCAGAAGCGGGUGGUCCUGGCAAAGCUCCAAGGACCUGCUGCUGUUCUCUUGGUGGAAACUGCCCAGAGCCCUAAAAGGCAGCUGAUCAUCCUGGCGUCGGAGUCUGGCAGACUGCUUGCGCCACCAAUCUUACUCCCUUUAAACUGCCCAAAGAUUAAAUUGGCAGAGAAUGGCACACUUUUGCUGCUCCUGGACUCAGCUUGCCUGAAGAUGUGGCAACUGCGAAUGCAGGGUGCUCCUGAGUUGGUGCUGUCAGCGUUGGUGCCAAAGCUCUACGACACGGCUGAGAUAGGCGUACUGCGCAUGGGGCCUUGUGGAGUACCAUACCUUCGCCGGGAAGGAAAGAGCCACAUCGCGGUGUACAACGAAGGUCUGAAAUCUUGGUUGAUGAUCAGAUGGCGUCUUUUGGAGAAGCUGCUUGUGGAAGGAAGCCGAGAGGACGUAUUUUGUACAUGGCCGGAUGGGCUAAAGCCGAAAGGAGCUUCUGGAGCCUUCGAUCAGCUGGGCCAAGAAUUGUCUGUGCGGCAAGUGCUGCCAGGGAAGCUCAAUCAGCUGCUUGAGCUCCUCCUUGAACUUGGUUUUUACGCCGUGGAGGAAGACCUUCCCGGUUUGCUCUUGGAGCUUCGGAGCGCUCUUGCUCUCGCACAGGCCCCUGCCGAAGAAAGACCGGGAGAUUCGGGAAGAAGCCAGUCAUCAGAGGCCAGCCUUGCAAAGGCGAUCAAGCUAUCAAUGACGACGGGCUCUGAAGAUCAGCUCCAUAGCACUGCGACGCAACUGCAGAUGCUUCUGACCAAUUUGGAGGCUGCUGACGCUGAAUGCAGAGAAGCCGCGGGAUAA